AAAAAAAUAUACGGGUGAUGUUGAAGAGUGAUUGAUGAGAUCUGAAAUCGAAAAUUGAAAAUAAGCUAAAAUCAGGAACCCUAACAUGCGCCCCAAUUGUUGCCAUUUUUCGUUAGCUUUCGUUCUCAAGUUUCUAAAUUUCCUUCAAGCAUUUGUUGGUUUUUCAAUUCUUCUCUAUUCCAUAUGGAUGCUCAAUCAAUGGGAUCAUCACAUUCCUCAACAACCACCACCUCUUCCUCAUUUCUCUCUCUCUCUUCCUCGCUCCCUUUCCCUUCAUUUCACUUCAUCAAUCAACCUUCCACCUCCUUGGUUCAUCUAUGCUUUCAUGUGUGUGGGAAUAUUGGUGUGCUGCAUUUCUUUCUUGGGUUGCAUUGCUGCUGAGAUUAUUAAUGGUUGCUGCUUGUGUUUUUACACUCUACUCAUCACAGUACUUGUUCUACUUGAGGCUACUCUGGUGGGAUUUGUUGCAAUUGAUCAUCAAUGGCAAGAGGAUCUUCCUGUUGAUCCAACUGGUCAACUUGAUAGCCUUCGAUCUUUCAUUGAAGAUAAUCAAAAUAUAUGUAAAUGGGUUGGCAUUAUUGUUCUUGUAAUUCAGACAUUAUCUCUACUGUUGGCAAUAAUUUUGCGAGCCACAGUUUCUACUCGAAGAGAAGAUUUUGAUGACGAGGAGCAAGAUGAUGUUAGGGGCAGAAGUAGGGAGCCCCUACUAAACCCUCAUUCUGGUCAAACUUCUGGGUCAAGCAAAGGUGAUAUCAGGGGAAAUCACUCUGACGUUUGGAGCUCACGGAUGAGAGAGAAGUAUGGAUUGAACAAUGGUGACAAGCACAGUUACGAAGCGUGAGUUCUAGGCAAUGAGUGCUUCUAGCCGUCAAGCAAUUCAGUGUGGUGUUGAUAUCUGAGUACAUAUGUAUAUCGUUUGUUUUAAUGCGUUAUUUGGUUUCAUUUAUUAUUCUGGGAAAUUUGUAACAUGUGCUAUAUAGUUCUGGUGUGUCUUUUUAACUAAACUUAUUGAAUUGGAGAGUAGCAAAAAGAGAAAAGUGAAAAAAAGAAGAUCAAGGACCCAGUCCCAGUUCAGUAUCCUAUCUAUGGUAUGCAGCGCUGAGUGCAGAGUUAUCGAACAAUAUGCUAAUGUGAAUCGUGGGCUUCACAUUAUGGUAACUCCAAAAACACAGCUCUCCUUCAUUUGGUUUGUGGUUUGAGCUUUGGUUUGUAACUGUAUAAUAAAUUUGUCAGCCUUCAAUUUUGUUAAUCUCAGUUUUGGAAAAGCUUGAUUGUGUGUUGAAUGGUGCAGUGUGGAUAGCAAAAGUCCUAGAGAAUUCAAACACUGUAGUAUUACUCUUUAAGUGAAAUACUAGCAUUUUGAACUUUGACAACAAGUGGUAGAGUUAAAGAGUUAGGAUUAUCUUCAUUUCUUCCAUUACUAAAGUUUUGUGUGUAUAUUUGCUCAUUUUUAAAACAUGUGACAUAGAUUUAACGUUUUUAUCAACUUUAUACAGAAAAUUAUAGUAA